AUGAGACUCAAGCUUUCAGCCAUUUCCCUCAUUGCAAGCUGCGGCUCGCUGUGCAGUGCCACAGACCGUGUCCUCAAGCAUGGCUCUCCUGAAUCAGUGGGACUUCUUGCCGAGCCUCUCAAGGAGAUGCCGCUCAACUUGAGCCAGUACACUGUUGCUGCCAAUUAUGGAGCAUUCACCUACGAUUUGGUUCACCCCGUCCAGCCGGGAGGCUCCGUUGUCGUCGGUCACAAGGCCACCAUUGUGAGCUCCUUCGCUUUCGGCCAUACGAACAUGUAUGCAGACUCCAAUGGCACAUUGCUCCCUCACGCAAAGUGGACCCCGAACCACAUCGACACCAUCUACGAUAUGGCCAGUCUGACUAAAGUGUUCACUGCGGUGGCCGCAUUGCGCGCCAUUGACGAGGGCAAGCUCAGCUUGUACAGAACCGUUGCCUCCUAUAUCCCCGAGUUCGCGACCAAUGGAAAGGAAAACAUCACUAUCCUGAUGCUGGUGACCCACACAAGUGGCUUCCCUCCUGACCCUCUGCCCGGUCUGUAUGAUCCAUCUUACACGACCAUGCAGCAGCGUGUCAAUGCCGUCCUCGAGCAAGCCCUCCAGGAUGCUCCUGGAUCUACCUACACCUACUCUGACUUGAACUUCAUGAACCUGCGCUUCGUGUUGGAGAAGGUCACCGGUAAACCAUUCGAUGAGUAUGUCAAUGAGUACACCAGCGAGCUCGGCAUGACCAGCACCUUCUUCAACAAGGGAAACAACCAGUCCCCUUCAUUCCAUUACUACUCGCGCAUGGCACCGACUGAGUACCAGAUCGAAGUUCUGGGAGACGACGAGCCCAAGCGUCCUCAGCCCGUGCGUGGAACCGUGCACGACGAGAAUGCCUGGUCUCUUAACGGUGUGAGCGGACACGCCGGUCUCUUCUCGACCGCCGGUGACGUGGCAAUCCUCUGCCAGAUGAUCCUCAACAACGGUACCUAUGGCGGCAAGCGGAUCCUGAAGCCGGAGACUGUCGACUUGAUGUUCCACAACUUCAACACCAAAUUCCCUGGUGAUGAGCACAGUGUCGGCUUCGAGCUCAACCAGAACUACUUCUCCGGACCCAUGGCCAAUAUGCUUGCUGGAGGCCACACUGGCUUUACUGGUACCACGCUUGUUGUUGAUCGCGCAUCGGACACCUUCAUGGUCAUGAUGGCCCACCGUGUGUAUCCCAGCCGUACCUGGUCGAGUAACAACAUUGUUCGGGAGGCGGUAGGCUAUUGGGUCGCCCGUGCGCUUGGUCGGGAUGUUGCCUUCCCUUGA